AUGGCAUUCAGUAUAAUUAAUUGGAAUCCGAUAAUUCGAAAUUUUUGUUAUUCUCCCGCGUUUAAACAUUGUUUGAUAAAUAAAAAAAAUUUCGGUACGAGUUUAAAAUGGGAAACAACGUUGGAAACGGGUUUGCAAAAAAUAAUAACGAGACAAAAACCCGGAAUGAUAGUAGUACACAAAUCCUGGUGCGGAGCAUGCAGAGGACUUAAACCUAAAUUUGAAUCAUCCAAAGAUAUAACACAUCUGAGCGAAGGUUUCGUUAUGAUAAGCCUUGCAGACGAUAAUCAUCCGAAAGAUGGAAAAUACAUGCCCGACGGUGACUACGUUCCUAGAAUAAUGUUUCUCAAUCCUCAGGGUGUCCUUUUAUUUGACAUUAUCAACGAAGAUGCUGAAAGUAUUGCUAGUAGUAUGAAAAGAGUUUUAAAUAAGUUUCCUGAUUAG